ACGGAGCUGCCCGCUCUCAGAUCGUCCCAGACCCUGAGGAUGGGGGUCAUGGCGCCCCGAACCCUUCUCCUGCUGCUCUCGGCGGCCCUGGCCCUGACCGAGACCUGGGCGGGCUCGCACUCCCUGAUGUAUUUCUCCACCUCCGUGUCCCGGCCCGGCCGCGGGGAGCCCCGAUACAUAGCUGUCGGCUACGUGGACGACACGCAGUUCGUGCGCUUCGACAGCGACGCCGCGGACCCGAGGAUGGAGCCGCGGGCGCCGUGGGUGGAGCGGGAGGGGCCGGAGUACUGGGAGCAGCAGACGCGGAUCGAGAAGGGCAAUGCACAGACUUCCCGAGUGAACCUGCGGACCGCUCUCCGCUACUACAACCAGAGCGAGGACGGUUCUCACACCAUCCAGUGGAUGUAUGGCUGCGACAUGGGGUCGGACGGGGGCCUCCUCCGCGGGUACGAGCAGUUCGCCUACGACGGCCAUGACUACAUCUCCCUAAACGAGGACCUGCGCUCCUGGACCGCGGCGGACACCGCCGCUCGCAUCACCCAGCAAAAGUGGGAGGCGGCUGGUGCGGCGGAGCAACACAGGACCUACCUGGAGGGGGAGUGCGUGCAGUGGCUCCGCAAAUACCUGGAGCACGGGAAGGAGACGCUGCUGCGCACAGCCCCACCAGAGACACAUGUGAGCCACCACCCCAUCUCUGAUAAGAAGGUCACGCUGAGGUGCUGGGCCCUGGGCUUCUACCCUGAGGAGAUCACCCUGACCUGGCAGCAGGAUGGGGAGGACCUGAGCCAGGACAUGGAGCUUGUGGAGACCAGGCCUGCAGGGGAUGGAACCUUCCAGAAGUGGGCAGCUGUGGUGGUGCCUUCUGGGAAGGAGAGGAAUUACACGUGCCAUGUGCAGCAUGAGGGCCUUCCUGAGCCCCUCACCCUGAGAUGGGAGCCACCUCCUCAGCCCACCAUCCCCAUCAUGGGAAUUGUCAUUGCCCUGGUUAUCCUUGGAGUUGUGGUCACUGGAGCCCCCGUGGUGGCUGUUGUGUGGAAAAGGAUGCACACAGGUGAAAAAAGAGGCAGCUAUGCUCAGGCUGCAAGAGGGGACAGUUCCCAGGGCUCUGAUUCUUCUCUCACAGCUUGAAAAGGUGACACCUCGAGGGUCAAGUUGGCACUAGAGUGUGGGACAGCUGCCUUAUGAGGACUGAGCCACACAGGAUCUGUGCAGGCCUCUCCCCGUUCUUCCUCCUGUGAGGUUGCAGUGGGCUGAGAUUCUCACUUCCCUGUUGAAAAUAAGAAUGUGGAUAUGGAUUUGAUCAAAUUCUUGCCAUGAGAUGAAGUUGCUGAGCUAAUUAAAUCAAAGGAAGAUUAAUAAAACUUUGAGAGAAAAUAGAA